AUGCUGAACGACACGUCAAAAAAAAGGUUGGAAAAACCUCAGAUAUCGUCUCAGAUUACUUUGAAAAAACAGCAGCAGAGUAACUAUUCACAUCCCGUAACGAUAGACAUGUCAGGACGGUUACCAAAUAUUCAAACAAGUAGCAAUACAACUGAACGAAAUGAAGCUGUCAACGAGAUUGAAGCUAUGAACAAUUUUUUGAGAGAAAUGCAGAAAGAAGGUGAUAAAAGAAGAGACAUGCUGAAUUCUGUUUUCGAUAAAAAUUUCGAUGGAAAAAUCAAAACUUGUAUUAAUACACGAGCUGAGAUGGAAGCACGUGCAGCAGCCAAAGAAAUCACGACUAAAAAUAGCUAUGACGGAGCAUAUGGAAUCAAUUCCAGUCAAACAGGUUCAACAUCUGAUAAACUCGAAACAUCGCCAAAGGAACAACAACAGUUAAUAUUACAACAUAACAUCGUACCAGAUCCAACUCAUAAAGCUGCAUAUGUCACAUCACCAAACAAAGUUGAAAGCCAACAAAUCUUCAUCGAACAUGCGGAUAACACUGGUAAAAAAAUAAAGGGAUUUGGUGAGACAGCGCUGACGAAAGUUGGUCAUUGGAGUAAAAGCGCUUUCAAUUUUUUCCGAAUAAAGAAUGCUAAUUCAGGAAAGAAUCCAAUUCUGCUUUACAAAAAUCUAGAAAAAACAUCGUAUGCAGAAAAUGACCGCUCUCAACAUCAUGUGAGAGAUAUGAGAGUUGAGGGAACAGCUCAAAAAAAUUCCAAAAGAAUGCGCUGGACUCGAAAAGUGAAGUCACAAAGCCACCGUGAAACAAAAUGCCAAAAAAACCCCAAGAAGAUAUUUCAAAAAGAUGCAAAACAAAGUCGAUCAAAAAAAGUUAAAUCUGUUCUAAAGAUGUCUGCACUGACAGAACUGGGUAACACAAGUAAUGCACUUAAAAAGCAUGCAGCAAAGCUGACGGAAGCAAAAAAGAGGUUAAAAGAAAGAAAUGCAAUGUUUAAAAAAAAGAAGAAAUCUAAUUAG